GUGAUCAGCAGCUCAGCAAUAAGCUAUGGCAUCUAACUUCAACGAUAUUGUAAAGCAAGGUUAUGUCAAAAUUCGGAGCAAGAAGCUUGGGAUUUAUAGGCGCUGUUGGCUAGUUUUUAAGAAAGCCUCAAGUAAAGGUCCUAGAAGACUGGAAAAGUUUCCUGAUGAGAAGGCAGCCUUUUUUCGGACUUUUCACAAGGUAACAGAGCUGCACAAUAUCAAAACUAUAACAAGACUGCCUCGAGAGACCAAGAAACAUGCGGUAGCAAUUAUAUUUUAUGAUGAGACUUCAAAGACAUUUGCCUGUGAGUCAGAAUUGGAAGCAGAAGAAUGGUGCAAGUUUUUAUGUGUGGAAUGCCUGGGAACCAGACUUAAUGACAUAAGCCUUGGGGAACCUGACCUACUUGCUGCUGGGGUGCAAAGAGAACAAAAUGAACGAUUCAAUGUAUAUCUAAUGCCGACGCCAAAUUUAGACAUCUAUGGGGAAUGUACGAUGCAGAUCACACACGAAAACAUCUAUCUAUGGGAUAUUCACAAUGCAAAAGUGAAGCUAGUUAUGUGGCCUCUAAGUUCAUUAAGAAGAUAUGGCAGGGAUUCAACGUGGUUUACCUUUGAAUCUGGAAGAAUGUGUGACACAGGAGAGGGACUAUUUACCUUCCAAACAAGAGAAGGGGAAAUGAUUUAUCAGAAAGUUCAUUCUGCUACGCUAGCUAUUGCAGAACAGCAUGAACGGCUAAUGAUGGAGCUUGAGAAAAAGGCAAGACUUCAAACUAGUUUGACUGAACCCAUGACUUUGUCCAAGUCAAUAUCCCUUCCUCGAAGUGCUUACUGGCAUCACAUCACAAGACAGAAUAGUGUCGGUGAGAUCUACAGCUUACAAGGCAAGUGGGCUAAAAUAAAGCAUUCUCCCCAUUAG